AAAGGUUGAAGCUUCUGCCCAAACCAACAUGGACAUGGGAAAACAGGACGAAAUUGAGGCCAUGGCACUGUCUCCCCCAUCAAUGAGCUCCAUGCAUAUUGCAGGGAGCAAUGGCUUUGGUCACAACAUUGACUUCAUGUCUCAAGCCUACAUUAGGAAUAGGAACUCAGAGAUUGAUAUAGAGGAUGAUAGUUUCCGUACUCAUCAAGAUCACCCUCUCCCCAUAUUUCUCAAGUUUGAAGAUGUGGAGUAUGGAGUAAGAAACAAUGCAGCUUCCCGGAACCCGGUGAAGGCAGUGGUUUCAAGAGUGGCCUCACAGCUUAGCAUGGAGCAGGACAACUACAAGCGUAUCUUGAAGGGUAUAACAGGUAGCAUUGGGCCAGGGGAAAUCCUUGGUUUGAUGGGUCCAUCUGGGAGUGGGAAAACAACCUUACUGAAGAUAAUAGGAGGAAGACUACAUGAAAAUGUUAAGGGAACCAUAACCUAUAAUGACAUUCCAUAUAAUCCAGCUCUUAAGAGGAGGAUUGGAUUUGUGACACAAGAUGAUGUGCUCUUGCCCCAGUUGACAGUGGAAGAAACCUUAGUUUUUGCUGCUUUUUUGAGACUUCCAAGCAACAUGAGCAGAAAACAGAAGUAUGCAAGAGUGGAGAUGAUUGUGAAGGAACUGGGUCUAGAAAGAUGUCGCCAUACCAAAGUAGGAGGAGGAUUUGUGAAGGGAAUAUCUGGGGGGGAGAGAAAAAGAACGAGUAUUGGAUACGAAAUUCUUGUAGAUCCAUCGUUGUUGUUGCUUGAUGAACCAACUUCAGGCCUUGAUUCCACUUCUGCAAAUAGGCUUCUGCAGAUUCUUCAAGGUGUUGCUAAGGCAGGGAGGACAAUAAUCACAACCAUACAUCAGCCUUCAAGCAGGAUGUUUCACAUGUUCAACAAGAUUCUGCUGAUAGCAGAAGGCUACCCUGUGUACUAUGGGAAGGCCAGAGAGUCUAUGGACUAUUUUUCGUCUCUGAGAUUUGUCCCUGAGAUAGCCAUGAAUCCUGCAGAGUUCUUGCUGGAUUUAGCUACUGGUCAAGUGAAUGAUAUCAGCAUCCCCCAAGAUUUACAGGCACCUCAAGUCCCCCCUGAAUCUGAGAGGGAUGUGGUCAAAUAUCUGCAAGUCAAGUACAAAACUGAGUUGGAACCAAAAGAGAAAGAAGAGAAUCAUUGGGCAACAAAAAUCCCGGAACAUCUGCAAUUAGCCAUCCAAGUCAAGAAGGAUUGGACGAUGAGUUGGUGGGAACAGUUCUUGAUAUUGACCAGAAGAACAUUCAGGGAGAGAUGCAGGGAUUACUUUGAUAAGCUAAGGCUAGUCCAAGCACUUGGAGUAGCAGUUUUGUUAGGCCUUCUUUGGUGGAAAUCCAAGACAGGAACCGAGGCUCAGCUCAGAGAUCAGAUUGGUUUGAUGUUCUACAUCUGCAUUUUCUGGACAUCCUCAUCCAUAUUUGGAGCCGUAUACGUCUUCCCUUUCGAAAAAAUCUAUCUGGUGAAAGAAAGGAAAGCAGAUAUGUACAGAUUAAGCGUGUACUAUGUGUGCAGCACCAUGUGUGACAUGGUGGCACAUGUGGUCUAUCCAACCAUUUUCAUGGUCAUUCUCUACUUCAUGGCUGGCUUCAAGAGAACAGUCUCUUGCUUCUUCUUGACCCUAUUUGGGAUACUACUGAUAGCCAUCACAAGCCAAGGGGCAGGAGAGCUCUUUGGUGCUGCAGUUUUGAGUAUAAAAAGGGCUGGGAUGAUUGCUUCACUAGUACUAAUGCUGUUUCUUCUAACAGGAGGCUACUAUGUCCAGCACAUUCCUCAGUUUAUGCAGUGGUUGAAGUACAUAUCAUUCAUGUACUAUGGGUUCAGGCUUAUGUUGAAAGUGCAGUACUCUGGAGAACAACUGUAUGAGUGUGAGAGCAGAGGAGGAUGCAGGACUCUGCAGAGCUCCCCUUCAUUCGACACCGUGAACUUGAAUGGUGGCCUGGAAGAGGUCUGGGUUCUACUGGCAAUGGCGGUUGGUUACCGGGUUUUUGCUUACCUUUGCCUCCGGAGAAGAAUUGAUGUAUGCCAUCUUUGAAGGAGGAAUUUGAGGUCUGUUUCUUCAAGUACUGCCAAAGAAAACAGCAAGAAAUGAUGAUUGGUAGGAGGGAAUGGAAUCAAUGGAUCAUCUCCUUCAACCUCAGUCUAAUUCUUUGACCUCUGUGAACACAAAAGAUGUCUGAUUAGAUUUUAGAUGGGAAUUAAAUGGGUUUUAUUUUGUGGAAAAGUGGGCCAAGUAGGAUUUUUG